CACCCUCUCCACGCGAAAAGUGACAGCGGCGGCAGUCCCGGCCCCUCUCGGCUCGUUAUGACCCUUUCUUGGUGAGCGCGUCGCCUGUCAGGAUACAGAUCCCUGCCCGCAAGCAGCAGUCCGGCGCGGAGAAGUCAGCCCCGGGCCGCCAACAUGGUGUUUUAUUUCACUAGUGCCGUGGUGGAACCUUCCUACACGAUCUAUAUGGGGAAGGACAAGUAUGAGAAUGAAGAUCUUAUCAAGUACGGGUGGCCUGAAGACAUCUGGUUUCAUGUGGACAAGCUGUCCUCAGCCCACGUCUACCUGAGGAUGCCACAGGGCUUGACAAUCGACGACAUUCCCAAGGAGGUGCUGAUCGACUGUGCACAGCUGGUCAAAAACAACAGCAUCCAAGGCUGUAAAAUGAACAACAUCAAUGUGGUGUACACUCCCUGGUCCAACCUGAAGAAGACGGGGGACAUGGACGUGGGACAGAUCGGCUUCCAUCGACAGAAAGAGGUGAAGAUCGUAGCCGUGGAGAAAAAAGUCAAUGAGAUCAUUAACCGGCUGGAAAAAACAAAAGCGGAGCGCUACCCGGACCUGGCGGCUGAGAAGGAGUCGCGAGACAGAGAGGAGAGGAACGAGAAGAAGGCCCAGCUCCAGGAACAGAAGAAAAGAGAGAAGGAAGAGGUGAAAAAGAAAAAGGAGAUGGAAGAACUCAGAAAUUAUUCUUCUCUCAUGAAGAGUGACAACAUGACCACAAAUGAGGCGGGGUACGAUUCGGAUGACUUCAUGUGAGUGCAGAGGACUGGGCAGCCAGCAGACAGAAACCUCCAUCAGGACUUGGAUAUAUUGCUGAGAUGCCUCCACCGCUGCUUUGCCUAACAGUUUGCUGACAUUGCACAAAGACAAACAGGAACUUUGCUUUUGGACACUUGGAAUGCGGGUGUGAGGGACAGCACUGGACUAAUCUCAUCAUCAUCAUGUCAUAUAUAUAGCAGUCGAGAUAGCCCAGUAGGUAAGGCCGUGAGGCCUGCUAUCCUGCUGGAGGUUGAGGGUUCAAACCCCAGCUGGGACGAGUCUCCUGUUAGAGAGGGGAAAGGAAAAUGUCCUCCUACUGUCCAAAAGGUGUAAGAUCAGGAUCAGGUGCAAGUAACAGGAGAAUGUUAGGAUGUGGCAAUGGGGUGGCUCAAAAUUCAAAAAAACAAAACUGGACUAAUCUGUAUGCCGACUGGCUCACACACUCCGCUUCCAGACGGGUUCCCAGGGACCCCGCGUCUCAGAUGGACUCUCAAGAAGCAAAAUAAGACGACCUUGUUCAAGAAAUGCCAACAAUAGACCAGUGUUAGCUUGGUUUUCCCUGCCCUGUCCCACUCGCGCCGGUGCUGAAGUGCAAAGUCUGUCCCGAGGGUAAAUAGUGGUCACCGCGCGACAUUAGUCUCCUCCAUGUUUUAUUUGCUCUUUUCUGUCGAUCAAAUACAGUUGCAGUCAGCCGCAGGCAAAUGUCACCACUCUUUACUGCCAGUCAGUAUGAAGAGUUUUCAUUCUGUAAUUUCCAUUGCUCAGAUUUGCAAGAUGUCUCCUCAAAUUUACAUUGUUUCGCUUUUCAGUGUUGCAAAUCAGAAUAACAGUGCGUUUGUUUCUCAUGAGUUGUUCCUCAUUCACUGAAGAAGUUCGACCGUAUCAACACACCUGCAGCGUGUACCUGAACCCAAAUGUAACGGCUUCUCAUACGUCUCACUUCCAUGUCUCUCUCGCUGGUUCAUUAAAGUGAGUAUGCUAAUGGGACGAACGAGCUCAUCAGGGCACGAGCCUUGGGACGUCUUGGGGUUGUUUUUAACACUGCUUUGCCAUAACUGAUCCCGGGCUGCCACUAUGAAUAAAAACACCAUCC